GAAAAAUUAUUUAUUUUAUAAAUUUUUUCCUUUUUUUUGUAGGAAAAAAAAGGUGUGAAAGGAUAUAAAGUUCCAUUGUGAUGUGUUCAGGAGGACGAUCCUUUUAGCCAAAGUCGAGAUAGUGGGGAUGCUGUAGGGUGGACCUUUCGGGAUCAUAGACACGUGCCACCUGUCAUCAUUUAGAAGUACUUGCUUUUGCUCUCUUAAGAGGGGAUUAAGUGAGGGCCAGUCGCUGAUUCUGUACGAAACGAGAAGUGUUAAAAUCCCAACCGGAAGAGCCUUUUAAAGGUCCUUAAUAUUGACCAAUAGUUAUUAAAAUAUUUUUUAAAGAUUUAGUGAAUCAAAUUUUUUUAAUCCUAUAAAAUGAUUUCUCGAUAAAAUUUUUAAUUUAAUUAUCCUACCUUUUUUUCUUGUGAAAUUUAGAAAAUAUUCUAAAUUAUUUAUUCGAUCUGUGAUCGAAUAAAAAAAAAAGUUCCGUGAGUGAGUUAAUGGUGUUGUGAAAAAUGGAGACGUGGAAGGAUCAAAGGAGAGGACACGAAAUUGUCCUUAAUUUUCAACAAGAAUUAAAUGAACAAAAUGAAAGGACAAAAGAAAUUGAGGACGAUAAUAGGGAUUUACAAUCGGAAAUUUUGGAAUAUGCCUCCGAUUCAAGUAAUGAAAGUGAAAAAACAUUUAAAAGUUCGGAAAGUAAUUUCAAAAAAAAAAUUUCCCCAGUUGUGCACAGUGCAUUUUCAAUAGACAGUAUUUUAGGUAAACAAGACAAUAAAAAAAGUGAAGUCUAUUUAGGAAAAGAAAGUUUUCGAAAAAUAGAAAAUAAUUUUGACGAUAGAGAAGAUCAGGAUGAGAGUCGACAAUUUUUUAAUCCAUUGACCAUAUCUUCACCACAUUCUGCAUUUUAUGCAACAGGACCUUCAUGUCCGGGAGAAAUUUUGGCCGAAACUUCUGGAUUUUCAGCAUCGUCUUUAGCAUCAGCAUCGUUACUUUACGGUGGUUGGGUGGUACCAUCGAAACCAGAACAAAUGUUCGGAUUACAAGCUCCAAAAUCAAGUGGCAGAAGAUCUAGAAAACCAGGAAUUGAUCGAAAACCACGUCAAGCUUACAGUGCAAAACAAUUAGAAAGGCUUGAAGCAGAAUUUAAAGUUGAUAAAUAUCUCAGUGUUAGUAAACGAAUGGAACUCUCAAAAUGUCUAAAUUUGACUGAAGUACAAAUUAAGACUUGGUUUCAAAAUCGAAGAACAAAAUGGAAAAAACAAUUAACCUCGAGACUGAAAAUUGCCCAGAGACAAGGGUUGUUUCCACCCCCUAUUUUUCCACCAACUCAAUAUCCAUUAUUACCUUAUUACGCUUCUCCUCUUAUGUUUACAUCUCAAAAUACAGACGAAACACCUAAAAUUUCCAAUUAAUAACAAUCUCGAUUCACAAAUGCAAAAAAAAUUUUUUUAUUUAAAAAUGUAAGUAUUUUUUUAUCAUAAUAAUUAUCGUUUUUAGUAAUUUAACGAAAUGUUUUAAUUAUAAUUUGUCAAUCAUGUAAAAAAUAAGACUAAAAGAAAACUGCAUUUAUUAAGCGAUUUUAUUUUGUAUAGAUGUAAAUAAAGUCUUAAUUUAUUAUAAUAAUUAUUGUCACAUUGAAAAAUAAUAUUGGGAUAGUUUUUUGAAAAUGAAACAAAAGUUUUCAAACAAAAUAUUUCAUUUCGAAAAUAUCAAUAUUAUAAACAUUAUAUAUACAUAUUUGGUAGUUGCACUAGACAUUAAAAAAUAAGUACUCUUUUUCUUCAAUUCCCUAAAAACUUAUAAUAUAUAACGAUCUCACUAUGAUAUAACAACAAUUUUAUCGCAGAUAACAAUAAUUCGCUACAACUUUUUUAUAUAAAAAAAAACAAUGUAUUAUAUAAUUACAAAUAAAUAUGUAAUUAUUGUACUAUUAUUAAAAAUUUUAUAUUAACCUAAAGAAUAAUAAUUAAUAAACUUUCUUAAUGACAAUCUUUUUAUAUGAUUUGUAACACUUUUUGUUAUUACCACUAUUUUCUGGUCUCUAAUUUAAAAAAAUACCUAUAUGUACAAUUUCAAAUAUUUGUAGGUAUUAUAAUCCUUAUAAUUAUUAUUUAUAAUAAUAUUUAUAUUAUUAUUACUGUUAUUAUUAUAUUUUUAUCAUUAUUAUUAUCAUUAUUUAAAUGGCUCUAGAAAAACAUAUGCAACCACUUUUUAUUACUGACUAUAAGAUGUACUCACGCACACAAAAUUAAAAAAUACAAUUCUAUUAAUAUAAUUUUAUACAGAGAUAAAAAUUAAUGAAACUUUCAACUAUAUAUA